UUCCAUUCUAUUUGUUUUUUGUGGUGAAUGAUACACUUUGCGAAAAUUAUUUAUUAAAUUGUAAUCUUCAUUCCACUAAUUAUUGUGAUUAAACACGUCAAAACGAUGUGGAAUAAAAUACUGGUUGGAAUUAUCGUCAUUUCGGUGAUUGAAAUUGGUUUGCAAGUGGAGGCUCAAUCAUACGAAGACAAACGAUGCAAAUGCAUCUGUCCAAGUCUGAGUUCAGUUUUGAACAACACCCAAGAAACAGAUCGUAUGAUGGUGAUUGAAAAUGUUCCACGGCUAAAAUGUGACUGUGAAAAUGUCAUUAUGCCCCGUAUAGCCGAUAAAAUCAAAGGAAAGGAACGGGAGUUUUGCCCCCGUUGCCAAUGUAAAUUCGAGAAUCGAAACACUUCAAUCAUCAAAUUUGUUGUGAUUCUGGUGAUCUGGGCGAUAUCUCUGUUAGUGGUGUACAUGUUGUUCUUGAUCUGUUUGGAUCCAUUGUUGAAUAAGCGAGUGAAGGCUAACUAUCAAGAGCAUACGAAUGAAGAGGACGAUGUCACGUUAAGUGGUGUUGCCGGUCCAUCUGUACAUCCAAUGGGCGUUCGAAGUAAUGUUCUAAACAGAGUUGGACAUCAACAAGAUAAAUGGAAGCGACAAGUACGAGAGCAACGAAAAAAUAUUUAUGAUAGACACACAAUGCUUAAUUAGAUAGCGACGACGCGAUAACUAUAUGUGCUGCACACAUUACUACAAUAAAAGUAAAUCUUAUUUAAAU